UAUAUUAUUGGAGAAGUCAAAUGCAUUUUAUAAUUUAACAGUCGUGAUAUCGUCCAACGGUAAUAACUAAUAAUCGGUCGGUAGUAAUCAGCUGAUUUAGCACUGUCACAAGUCACAACUGCCAGGCAAGUGUUACUACUGUCAAAUUCGUAAAAAAAUGUUGAAUUGAUUUGUCCUCUGCGUUGUAAAAUAGGGACAAAUCAGUAACGAAUUCGUCUAAAAAUGCAUACAAUUAUUUAAGAAAACCACACAAAAAUGAAUUUACAUCAAAUCGUGAGUGGCGCUUGCAAUGGUGGCGAUAAAUGUUUUGCUGUAGGAUCUGUGGAAGGUGUUCCCUUUACCGCCUAUGCAGCAGGGUGUAACAUCGUUAUUCUUGCUUCCACAUUUGAGAGAGUGCAGAUCAUUCCAGGGGCAGUACAUGAUUAUAUUCGAAUAAGUUCUAUUGAUUGUUCAAGUGACACUGGAAAAAUUGCUGCUGCCUAUGAUGAUAGUAUUUGUAUUUAUGAGCCUACGCCCUUAAUACAUAACAAUUCUGUACAUAGAUUUCUUAAAAAUUCUACUACAUAUAAGACUUUUAAGGGUCUGGACUAUAGAUGGGUACAAACAGGUACUUUAAAGACCGACUCGCCCAUAAGGGCGUUGAGUUGGAAUUUAGAGGGUACUCGACUUCUGACUGCCGGUGCUCAGGUGCAGCUUUGGCACUUGAAACAAACUGUCCAGGAAGAGAAGCCCAACGUUACUUUUACCCUUGGGGGUGGCCACAGUGAUGGGGGAGACGAUGGGGAUUUGCACGAUGAACCAGAUAGGCCUCAGGAACAAGAACAAACAUCUUGGCACUGCGUUUGGAAAGCGAAUACUGCCAUUCCGGUGCAGCACCUAGCGUUUAGCCCCGAUGGCACCUUAUUUGCCACUUGUGGAGAAAACGACAGACUUGUCAAGAUUUGGUAUGAAAAUAAACAUUUUCUCUUUACAUCCAAGAGUACUGAUGGACCAUUGGAGCUGGAAUAUGGAUUUGUAUACAUUGCCCACCCCAGGGCUGUUACACAUCUGUCAUGGCGAACUACCAGCAAAUAUAUGCCUAAGGGGUCUGUGUCAAAUAUGUUGGUGUCAUCCUGCAAAGACAACAUAUGCCGGCUCUGGGUGGAGACGGUUCUGCCCGAGGACGGGCUGGUCAACUUGUCCCAGCUGGAUCCGCAGGCGCAUCAUCCGAAAUUCAGGACCCAUCGACACAAACACAGAUUCAUGCAGCGCCUGAAACAUAUGAAGACUUGUUUUCAUAUAAGGCGUAAUGCAAAGCAUCACGGGCAUGGCAUUGGUGGACCCUCACCCCCUAUACCUACCCUACCUUCCACUUACAGUGUACACGAUUUUCAUUCCUACGGCUACCACGGAACCGGAGUGACGCCAGGCUUGCAUUUCCACUUAGCAGCUUCGGUUAAUGCCGAAACCGAUAUUCCUCUUGUUCCAAGCAUUAGUUAUUGCAAUCCACGUCCCGCGUUUGUCUUGCAUUGGUUAGAUAACAAAGAGAUGCAGUUUAGUUUGCAGGCAGAAUUGUUUUUAGAAGAAUUUGCCAGUUAUAGGCCGGUUGUUGAAAAUCCAGACUCAGAAGAAUCUUCAGAAGAACCGUUAAUGGACGUCGGCUCUGACGGGGUAGAUGCCCGCAUAGAGAGCUUUCUAAGGGACUGGCACCACAGUCCAGAUUUAUUGUUUAGCAUACAUCCCGUGGAUGGCAGUUUUCUGAUAUGGGUCGUUGAGUGGCUGGAUGAAUUUCAUCCUGGUUCGUUCCGACAAGCACAAGUGUCUUUUUCAACUCGCAUACCAUCUGCGUUUCCUCUGGGAGAUUCUAUGAGCAUGUCGACUACAGUCAGCUUGUACAACACCACGCCCCUGUUGAAACAUUUGGUCAAGGAUGCUAUUGCCAAGGAAGUCUGCCAUAGAGAUCUGGCCAGUGUGAAGGAGGAGGAUGAAAAUAUUUCAAAAAUUGAAACAUCAAAUCCGGUAGAUGAUCAAAACGAAACAUCUCCGGUGGUAUUUUUAGUGACCAAACACGACAACGGCACGCUCAAUCUGUGGCAAGUGAUGUUUGCCGACAAGAGCAAAUUCAGCCAGGUGCUUAGUAUCGGGCACAAAAGCAGGGCAUCAGGUCACAGAUUUAGAGUUAACGACAUAACCUGUCAUCCUGUGCUUCCUUUACUGCUGACCACCAGCCAUCACAACAUUGUGGAUCAAAAGUCCCAUCCCCAGAACAGGACAGGAUUCUGUAGCGAACUGAUCCUGUGGAAAGUAGAUGCGGUGGGGCCACUGUCAAAAUCUGGAGGUAUAUGCGAGCUAGCAAGAAUCAGUUCUCCCGAACCUUCUGCAUUCAGCAACGUAGCGUGGAUUCCUACACUGCUGCCCUCUAGCACCCUUGGAAAUCUUUCCAACUCCCCUAGCGCUUGCUUCGUGGCAUCCGACGGUCAAUGUUUAAGAGUAUACCAGGCAGUUAUCGAUGCCAGAACAUUGUUAGCCGAUUUAUCGUUCAGGGAAAAUAGGAAGAACGAAGAUACUGAAAGUGUGUCAGAUUUGUCCUCUUUUAACCAAGAAAGCUUGUUGGAAAAUAUCAACAUCGUUUCACAACAAAGUACCUCAAGACCUGGGUGUAUCAUUCAGCUGGAGACCAUCUCGGAGGCUAUCCAGUGGCAGAAUACCACUUUCUUACACGUCUACCAGGAACAGCUAAUCACCGGACAGAAAAGUUCGCCAGUCAACUUAUCAGGCCAUGACGCCAUGGUCGAUUUGCAACAAGCUUCUGUCUUUGAGGAACCUUUCUACAUCGUUCUGUUAGAUUGCACUGAUCAGAACACGAUAAUUCACAUGUGGAAACUAACCAUCGCCUCUACCGACAUUGAAUGCCCUUUAACUAGUAGCCAGAUGUACGUUCCAGAUUCUAUCCUUGUCCAAGAUGAAAACGACUUAUCCAGGAAGAACAGCAUGGAAUCUCUACAUUUGCGACCCAAACUUAGCCCCCACAUUAACUUGACGGUAACAAGGGAGGUUAAACAGGUGUUGUUGCUCCCAGAUGGCGUAGAAAUCGUUCAUGCAACUCCCGCAGCUGGCCAUCUCAGCUCGGCAUCUAUCUAUCCCGCUUGCUUGGCCCCAUAUUGUUUUGCGACUGCUUGCAGCGAUGGAAUAAUACGGUUCUGGGCGGUAUCCACCGGUUCCAACCAUAUUAAAGAGUUCAGCCAUUUAUUUUUGGAGGAAGAUGGAGAGGUGGUUAAUACAGGCAAAAUUUGGACGGAAUGGAAUAUGAUUAAAGAAUCAGCAAUAGAAAUCGAGGGGCAGGUCCUGAAUAUUAGCGUGGCUUACUCCGGUAGGCUGGCCUGCGCUUACAAGUACGGGAAGAGCUUUACGAGGCCCAGUAAAAACGAUCACGACUCGAGAUAUAUAAAUCUUUGCGUUGCUAUUUACGAAUGUGAAUCGUCUGGCGGCACUGAAUGGGUUUUGGAAGAUGUAAUCCAUUUGAAAAAUAUACAUUUGCCCAGGAUCGACAUCAAUCGGCAUUUGGAUUUGAGCUACUUAUACGAUUCUAAGACUUUGAAGAAGAAACAGAGAAUCAAUGAAGUGUUGCAUACUUUUUCCAACGACGACCGGCAAAAUCUCACGGCGGAACCACACAUCAAGUCAACUUUACUGGCCGUUCCCAGUUUCACAACUCUCCAGUCGCUGAGGAAAUCGAUUUCCGAAAUGGGUAACAUUUGUCCGUUGACUCAGAAACAUAUCGUGCAGUUGGAUUGGGUGUCGAACGAAGACGGGUCGCAUAUCCUAACGGUCGCUUGUGGCAGUAAGAUCAUGUUGUACACUCCGCUUUCUACGGAUUUAGCUCAAGCCAACGUCAAAGCGAUGAAGGAGUCGCUAAAUAAUUACCGUCCUAUAUUGAGAAAGGCCAGUUCCCUAGCCCAACCCCUUUUCGUUGACGAUUUCAAGUGGAUGACUUUAAGAAAGAUAGAGUUGCAAACUGCAGACGGUUUGCCAGCAUUGCCCAUGCAGAUAAGUUGGGUGCGGGACGGUAUAUUAGUUGUUGGUAUGGAUUCGGAAAUGCACGUUUACACGCAGUGGAAACCGCAAAAUCCAAACGUUCCACAAGUCGAAACCAGCGAGACCGACAGUAAGAACGGAAGAGAUGUUGAUUUUCGUACUUUAACUCAGGAGAACCAACGGAAGUUAGCAGCGGUUCCAACUUUAGGACGUAUAAGUUCUGUUAACCUUCAAAUAUUGGAUCGGAAAAGAAACAAGGAACCGAAUGUGGACUACAUGCCAGAUUAUGGGCUUUUUGAGGCUUCGAGGAUUGCCUGUCCAGUUCUACCCCAAUAUCACCCGAAACAAUUGAUGGAAUUGUUAAAUUCCGGAAAAAUUAGAUGGGUUAAGGCCAUCUUAUCGCACCUCGUUAAAUGUAUCGGGGGAAAUCAAGAACCACCCGAAGAAAUUCAAGGAUGGGCCAGGAACAGAACUUUAUCCGUCAGUUAUCCAGCAGGUAGUCCUGAACAUCGCGCGAGCAUUGGAGAGAUAACUCUCGACUACGAUGAAAUAAAUAACAUCCCUCCCUUACCUUUGUGGACCUUGUUGGCUGCCGACAAAGAAUCCUCUGGGGCUCAAGAAGAAAAGAAGGAUUACAACGAACUUUUCGAUAAUAACGUCAUAGUGGAGGAGUCCCUGGAUACCCUUCUUGAAGAUCAAGAUGUAUCUCGAAUGGAACGUAGACCGUCGGAAAGAAACAUCGGACUGACUCAUUUCACUCCAAGACAGGGACGGAUCUUGUCGAGACUUCUGACCCAUAUGCAUUUGCCAGGUCUGUCUAGUUUGGACCAAAUGCAUUUGCUGGCGUUGGCCGAUACGGUGUCGACUUGUAACACUGACUUGGCAGAGCGAUUCGCUAUCGACGCUGCCAAAUCUGCAAUGGCAAAGGAGAAUUUGACAGGCCAGAAUGAUGAAAUCAUGACCGAUAAUUUGGAUGAUUGCGGGCUAAGGUUUUUGUUGGCAAUGAAGCAUUUUGGAUACUUAUUAAGAUGCUUACCUUUAGCACAAAGAUCGCAAUUCCAAAAGCAAGGGGUUGGUAAUAAUAACCUAGCAUGGGCGUUCCAUUCCGAGACACAAGAAGAACUCCUUAAUUUGAUUCCGAGCUACGCAAAAGGCGAACCGACCUGGACGCAGCUGCGGGAGUUGGGUGUAGGUUGGUGGAUACGAAACUUGGCCUUACUCAAACAAAGCGUUCAAGUGCUAGCGAAAGCAGCUUAUCAGUCAAAACAGGAUCCGAUGGACGCCGCUCUGUAUUAUUUGGCGAUGAAUAAGAAGAGUCUACUAUGGGGUUUGUACAGGUCGAAACGAGAUGAACGAAUGACUACCUUCUUCUCCAACAAUUUUUCAGAGGACAGGUGGAGGAAAGCUGCCUUGAAAAAUGCCUACGCCUUGCUAGGCAAGCAAAGGUUCGAUCACGCAGUCGCUUUCUUCCUGUUAGCAGGAAAUCUCAAAGACGCAGUUGAAAUUUGUUUACAUCGCCUUCAGGAUCUUCAGUUGGCAAUAAUCAUUGUCAGAUUGUAUAGGGGGGAUGGAGAAGAAUUGCAGCAGUUGUUGUAUAAAGAAAUCCUGGGAUGUGAUGAGAAUGGAGAAAAUCAGGACCUUACAAAGGCACAUCCCGACCCAUUUUUAAGAUCAAUGGCCCUGUGGCAAAUGAAGGACUACCAGGCGUCGUUAAACACGCUCCUGGUGGGUAACGCCGGUACUCAACACCACGCACACGAUGAAGAAGCGAGGGAAACAAAAGAAGCAGAUCCGAACGUGUUUAACUUCUAUGUGUACUUGAGAACCCAUCCUCUCCUUGUACGUCAACAUCUCGCGGCGUACGGCACAAGAAAAGUUUGGUUGCCAGGCGGCAAACAGAUUGUAGUCGACGAGUGGAUAACGCCUCUGGAGAGGCAGCUGUACUUUGCUACGGCCCACGGUCACUUCAGAGCCGGUUGUCCCGCUUUGGCCCUAGAGGUGUUGUCUAAGCUGCCUUACGUAGUAUCGGAUCCUUUGAAACAACCUACAAAAACAUUAAAGGACAGUAAACUGGACAAAUCGGAAAUUUCCACUGGAAUUAUCUCGUGGGACAGUAAACCGCAACUCAGCAAGAGCGAGAAUCUUGAUUGGGGUGCUCCUGUAAGUGGUUUAGGAGUAAAAACUGAUGACUUCGAACUCAAAUGGAGUGACGACGAAGAUAAAGAUUCCGAUGAUUCUGAUGGUGGGAUCAGCAUGAAUAUAGGCAAGAAGAAAGAAGACAUUAAAGAGGAGGAGGAAGAGGAAAAUGAAGAAGAAGAAGAGUAUCAACAACAAAUCGAUAUCAUGGCGCAACAACUUAAAUUCAUCGCUUGUUUGAAGAUACUUAUGGAAGAACUGUCGACGCUGGCAACUGGUUUCGAAGUCGAUGGUGGUCAGCUCAGGUACCAGCUGUACAUGUGGUUGGAGAAAGAGGUGGAGGCACUUAGACAGCUUUGCAAUUACACUACAACGGAAGUGACCGAUCUUUCUGAACUGGAACAGUCUCAGGAGGGGGAUGGUGCAGGCACGGAAAUUUCAAGCGCCAAGCCAACCCUGCACGAAAUUUUGGUACAGGAGAAGCUCGAUUUUGAGGCCAAAGUUCAAAGAGCAGCUAAGAGAAAACGUUGGUUGAGAGCUAACGAGACAUUACUGAGGACUUUAUUAAGUUACUGUUCCUUACACGGCGCUACCGGCGGCUUGGCCUCCGUCAAGAUGGAACUUAUGUUGUUACUACAAGAACUCCAGCAAGAGAAGACCCAUCAGCAGUUACUGAGCCCCUUACCGUUCCCGACGAGUUUGCCUCUUCUUGCUGCGACUGUCGCUAGCAGCAAAACGGUGGUCGCCGAUCCAAUUAGGUAUCUCCAGUGUCUUACGCACGACAUGCUGCAAACUAUGGUGGAAAUGACACAACCAAACACCAGCCAAACUCAGUUGAUCGUUUUGCGAGAUCUCGCCAUUGCCCUUUCCGCUUGUAUCUAUCAGUCUUUGUGCGAUUCCGAUACGUUCAAAAACGCAAUCCAAGAUCCACAAGAAAUCGGCGCCACGCAUUUGGUUGGUAGGAAAAGACGCAUUUCCAUUAACGAAGGACAAAACAUCAUUACUUUGCCUCCGAAGUGGCCAGGAGUUACUAGUUUGAGGUCUCUCCUGGCGAGGGAGAAGGACGAGGAUUCUCCGCGAUUAACAGUAUUAUUAUGCGAGUCUUUCACGGCGGUGUAUUUGGCCUUGUUGUUGUACGGGCUCGUUACUUGCGACUGCGUUAUUUUGUAUCACGUCACUGCGCACACUUUCAAUCAGGAAGUUUGGGGAUUACUAUUUGGGGGCGGAAUAAAGAAAUUAUUGCGUACCGCAAGCCUGACCGGCGCUGGCGGGUCAAAUGUUCAGUUAAUGACACAACACAGCGUACAAACUCCCACCGAUGAAUCUGGCGGUCCUGCUACUUGGCUCAGCAAACAAAGAAUCAAAUUGAACACAAAGCUACUUGGACACCAGACGUCUGUCAUGAAGGAAGACAAACCCACUUAUAGAGAACAAUUUGUGCCUCCGGAAAUGAGUAUUUUGGCAUAUUUGCUACAGAAGCCUACUUCUGGUGAUUAUAUCGAUGAAGCGGAGAGUGAAAAUGAAGAAAGCGAGGAAGACGAGGAUGUAUUCGAUGGCCCUGGAACGUCGACGAUUAAAGUUGUGAACAAUGAACAUUCAGACCCUAAUUCCUACUCUUGGCUGGUUUUGAAGCUGGCGACAUUAAAAAUUGUUCAAAAUCGACUUACGGAUUUUCUUGCGGUUGCUGGCUUGGAGAUGAGUGAACUUCCUGUGGCUAGUCCACUCAUACACAGCGGUCUCAGGAGACUCACAAAUUGGCAGGACAACCUGAAGAAAGAGUUGGACUGCCGACAGACGCCAUCAGAAUACAUACCUGGAUGUUUCAUUGAAAACACUAGCGGACCUGCGAUACAGAAAUAUAGGCAGUUGUUGGAACCACACAAUACACCAUUCAGCGACAAGAGUUCAGCAUGUCCCGCAAGAAACCUGUGGACAUAUUUGGUGCACCAAGAGUCGGUCCAAGAUAUAUUUAUAAGAGCCGUUUUUGGAAAACGUAGAUGGUCGGGCGUUAUAGAGGACAUCUUGCCUCAUCCCGAGCCGGCAGCUAUCGAACCUGUCAGGAUCAUUCACAAGGACCAGGAUUCCAUAGCCGCUUUCUGUCUCAAUCAAACAUUCAACCUGUUAAAGGUAAACGGUGGUCUAAUCGCCGUGGCGACACCCAAAGAACUGCAAGAGAUGGAUAUAUCCCUUUUGCUCGAACUGCCCGCGUGGCUUGAGGACGAGUGCGAAUUGGAUAUUCUCAACUUGAACAAAGAAGUUCCCGAUCCUAGCAUUCCUCCGUUCCUCGUCAUCCACGGUUCCAACGAAAAGGGUAAGGAGACGCAGCCCGGAAGCCCCCAGCCUGGUACAACUAGUCAGACCGGACGUGGGGCCAAUGUGGUUCUAAAGCAUAAGAUCGAUGGCAUAAGAAGAAUUACUGCACAUCCUUUAUUGCCCCUGUAUUUGACUGGAGGGCAAGACGGAUCUGUACAUUUGUGGGAAUGGGGACAUCAGCAACCGGUAGCUGUGCCUAGGCCACCCGGCACAUACGCCAAAGUUACCAGAGUGCGCUUCUCUCAGCACGGCAACAAAUUUGGAGUUGCCGAUUCCGACGGAAAUUUAAGCCUGUUCCAAGUCGGUCUGAGCGCGAACGCUACACGACCAUUCUUUACUUUGCCGUGCCACAACAAAGGCAUAAGCGAUUUCGUAUUCUUAGGAUCUUGCAGUUUGUUAGCUACCGCCGGCCACAGUUCCGAGAGUAAGAAUGUGUGUAUAUGGGACUCCAUCUUGCCUCAGGGCAAGGCAUUGGUAAUGGCGUUCACUUGUCACGAUCAAGGCGCCAGCAGCUUAGUGUUCGCCCCUCAACAUCAGGUACUUAUUUCGGCUGGUAAAAGAGGUGACGUGUGUUUGAUCGAUGUAAGGUCCAAGUCCAUCCGACACAAGUUUACGGCUCACGAGAAUGCUGUCAAAUGUAUUGCUAUUGAUCCGCAUGAAGAUUACUUUGCUACGGGAUCGGCAGAUGGUGAUAUUAAGAUUUGGGGAGUGGCAGUUCCAAACGUCCUGCUCUCCUUGCCUGCCGAGCAUGCAAGGAGUAGCUUCUUCAAAAAUAUCGGGCAAGGGGUGACCCAGCUACACAUCGAUUCACACGCGAGACUCUUCUCUUGCGGGGCCGACGGUAGCAUGAAAGUUAGGCAGUUGCCCAAUAGAGAAACUUUACUUAACCACCAUGUUAAAAUCUAAAGCUUAUCAACUGUAUUACUCUACUUGUAUGUACAUUUAUCGAAGGUAUUAUAAUUUUAAAAUAAUUUUCCUUUAGCAACACUUCCCAUACUUUUAUAGUUUGUUAUCUGACUGCUUAUUUUAGGUUCCCUUUACUUGUUGUUUGUUAUCAUAUAUGUAAAAGUCUAUUAUGUAAUUAUAUGUGAUUGUAGAUUUUAGAUGUUGUGCAAUUUUAACUUCAAAUAAAGUUGUUAAGGUCAA